AUGACUAGGUACAUAGAUAAUCUUUAUUCUGAUAACGGCAAACGAUAUCUCAGUCCAAUCUUUAUCUACCUGCGCAUGUCCAUCGUCAGCAGCCUGUUGUCCUCGAAGUACGAAUCACACCGGAUCUUACAGCAAAUGUCGCACGGCAAAUACUCGCCGGGUACUACAUGA